AGGUGACGUCAACUAUUCAACAGUUUGACUGAAUGCACUCUACAACACUAAACUAUGACUUUUCAGAAUUUUCAGAAAUAGAAAGUGAAAAAUUACUCUGGGCUUCCUGUGUUGAAAAGUUGUAUGAUGCGGUCAGCGGAUAACCCCAACGAGCAGCUCGUAGGUUCACGUGUUGGUUUUGUGAGUUUUUAACUUUUUUUUUUCCUCUAAAAAAAUAUACUUUAUCUUCAAAAUGGAGAGUCAUAUACGAAAGUUAAAGAAACUUAAGAAAAGAAAGGAAAAAAUGGCCCAAGAGAAGCAAAAAUCGGUAAAACAAAUCGAAGAAAGUAAGGAAGAAGCUAAGCCUGAUGGUGAAGAACAUGUUGAAACUCCUCUUCCAGCUGACACAGUUCUACCAGACAGUACUGAGUUUAAAUCACUGGAAGGGAUGGUAAGUGAGAAGACGCUGAAUGGAGUGAAAGAGAUGGGCUUCACGCACAUGACAGAAAUACAACAUAAGAGUAUUGCUCCUCUGUUAAAAGGAAGAGAUCUUCUUGGUGCUGCUAAGACCGGUAGUGGUAAAACACUUGCAUUUCUCAUACCUGUAGUUGAGCUGUUGUACAAGCUGGGAUUCAAAUCACGAAAUGGCACUGGCGUAAUAAUCAUAUCUCCAACGCGCGAGUUAUCUCUUCAAACCUAUGGAGUAGCCAGGGAUUUGCUAAAAGAUCAUAACUUCACAUAUGGCAUAAUAAUGGGUGGAGUCAACAGGAAAACUGAAGCAGAACGUCUACAGAAGGGUGUCAAUCUGUUGAUCGCAACUCCUGGAAGGUUACUGGAUCAUUUACAGAACACUCAGGGGUUCAUCUUUAGUAACCUGCAGUGUUUAGUCAUAGAUGAAGCAGACAGGAUCUUGGAAAUAGGAUUUGAAGAAGAAAUGAAACAAAUUAUCAAAAUCUUACCAAGUAAAAGACAAACAGUUCUUUUCUCUGCAACACAAACCAAAAAGAUCGAAGAUUUAGCAAAACUGUCCCUUAAACGAUCACCACUGUAUGUUGGAGUUGACGACCACAAGGAAACGUCAACAGUUGAAGGACUAGAACAGGGUUAUAUUGUUGUGCCGUCAGAGAAGAGGUUCCUGGUUCUCUUCACAUUCCUCAAGAAAAACAGAAAUAAGAAGGUUAUGGUGUUUUUCUCGUCUUGUAAUUCAGUGAAAUAYCAUUCUGAAUUGCUGAACUAUAUCGACUUACCAGUACUAGACAUUCAUGGAAAACAAAAACAACAAAAAAGAACCACAACGUUUUUUGAGUUCUGCAAUGCAAAAGCAGGGACACUUUUGUGCACAGAUGUGGCUGCAAGAGGUCUGGAUAUACCAGAAGUAGACUGGAUUGUACAGUAUGACCCCCCAGAUGACCCCAAGGUUCCAUUGAAUGAAUAUGACUUUUCUUCUUCUAAGAUUCUUAAUAUACAGUCUCAGUUAGAAAAACUUAUUGAAAAGAACUACUACCUUCACAAGUCAGCUAAAGACGCCUACAGAUCUUACCUACAAGCUUAUGCCUCACAUCAACACAAGACCAUUUUCAACGUUAAUACUCUAGAUUUACAAAGAGUUUCUCCAGCCUUUGGCUUCACUUGUCCUCCAAGUGUCAGCCUGAAUGUUCACAGUAGCAAGGGAGAGCGAAUCCAAAGACGAGGAGGAGGAGGGGGGUUUGGUUACAAGUCCAAUCAAACCCAAAACAAAACGAUGUUCUUCAAGAAAAAGAAAGGCAAAGACAGUAGACAAUUCUCUAGAUGAACAGUAUCGUGUUUUAUCUCGAUAUUCUAUUCCUCCUUCUUACCAACCCUUUUAGGCUGUAGUUUUUUUUUUUUUGCUAUGGAGCCAUGAAAUGUUUAUUUGCAAUUGAGAUUAUAAAGAACGGUAAUAGAUAAAGAUAUGAUACUCAA